AAACCCUCCCACUAUCUGUCACGGUAAUUAAACCGUUUAUCGCGAAUGAGGAGCCGUGACCUGAUACACUCGAGGCUGAACUGAAAACCCAGACGGUGUCAAGGGAGGCUCCUGCUCGGAAAGCUGAAGGUCCAGCCAGCGCCAACACUGAGCAACCACGCCCCAAUAACAUCACUGACUUCUCCCCCUCCACGGUGACUACAGCUUCACUUGGACAACAUCCUUCACUACAAUUUAUCCCUCUACUCCGACUCGCCCAGUCUCUCUGAGUCCCAGAGAUAUACAUGUACUGUCUUGUGCUCCAAUCAACGACUGAAGAUGCUCUUCUUGUCUCGAUCAUCCCGACGACUGAAGACGUGCCAGUCGACCAAUAUUACGCGCUCGCCUUUGGGGAGGCUCGCCACCCAUCAAGCAAGCGUACAGGACAUCACCUGAAGUAAAAACAGCGCGAUUAAGACCUAGCCACCUUGGGGGCAGAUCAACAACCAUCAUGGCGCCUGGAAGGCCCACCAGAUCAGACAAGAACCGCACGAAAUACGACAAUAUCCGUUGCCGUCACUGGACGUCCUUCAAAACCCCAGAUGCACUCUUGAUGGUCUCGUCCGGACCGCAGCCGCAAUCUGCGUUGCUUAACUUGCCGCCAGACAUCCUGUCUCAAAUCUUCAUGGCCGCCGACCCUGUCACCCGCAUCGCCAUGGCAUUCAGCUGCCGGUGCCUACUUGCUAUAGGCAACUUGCGGCCGCGCCUUCUUGUGGUGCCGGACUUGCAUUAUCAUCGGGAGGCUUGGGCCGUCGGUAGUGCACAGAACGUAGAUACGCUUUGCGGCUGCGGCAACGCGAAUGCCCUGCUAUGGCACGUGAGGCCUUUCAGCCGACACACGAACCGCGAAGCACCGGACCGUCGACUAUGCGUUGAUUGCCAUCGGUGGUUUCAUAGUGGGAGGUUCCGCAAGGCACAUUGGCAGAGCAACGGCCAGGCGACUAUGCGACGCGAGGACUUUCAGGCAUGGUUGGAAGACGCGGAGGAUCCAGAGGUCACGCGUGGGGACGACGGACUUCUUUCGUGGCCAGAGUUCUGGGACGAGUACAGAAACGCCGCUCGCCUUUUCCACCAAGGCUACAAGAGGCAGUGUCCUCAAUGUGCGGUGCGAGCACAGGCACAAAUCUUUGGCCUGGCCCUAUCGGAUGUGUAUUGACGCAACUGGUUGAUGGUUGGGUUUAUCGAUUUUGAUGCCACACCAGCGACUGAUUUCAUGUUCAAUUGACGAUCAGAGCGUAUAUAUUCAUGGCUAGUAAUCAGAGCGAUGCUUUCAGCAAGA